AUGGUUGCCUUUUCUCACAUUGCCGUUGCGCUGUCCGCAGUCGCUGGCGCCUUCGCCGCCCCAACUGCUAACCCAGUCGAGGACCUUCCCGACUUCGAGCUCACCAACGUCACCAGCUUUGUGCGCCGUCAGGACUACAACCAGAACUACAAGACGAGUGGCAAUGUGAACUUCAGCCCCACCAACAACGGAUACUCGGUCUCGUUCUCCAGUGCUGGUGACUUCGUCGUUGGAAAGGGAUGGUCGAAGGGAACUACCAGGAACAUCAAUUUCAGCGGUUCCACCAGCGCGACUGCCGGCACCGUUCUUGUGUCCGUCUACGGCUGGACUCAAAACCCUCUUGUGGAAUAUUACAUCCAGGAGUACACCAGCAACGGCGCUGGAUCUGCUCAGGGCACCAAGGUUGGCUCAGUGACUUGCGAUGGCUCCGUCUACGACAUCUGGAAGCACACCCAGGUUAACCAGCCCUCGAUUGUCGGUACGACCACCUUCACGCAGUACAUCAGCAAUAGGCAGAACAAGAGGCCGGGCAGCGGAACUGUGACAACCAAGUGCCACUUCGAUGCUUGGGCUAAGCUUGGCUUGAACCUAGGAACACACAACUACCAGACUCUGUCCACUGAGGGCUGGGGCAACGCUGGAGGCAGCUCCCAGUACACAGUCACUGGCUCUUAGAAGAACCUAG